AAGCUGAAAGCCAUUAAUUAUCCCGUCUGUGAAACUUAAAAUUUGGUUAUCAUGAAAAGAAGCUAGCAACGAAGCUAGCACGCUAAAAACACGCUAAUUGCUAAACAAGAACAACAAACUUCUUAAUCAGUUACAAAUAUUAAUGGUGUAAAACAUCCUUAAAACUAGUUCUCAUCUUAUCUCUAAUGGCAGCUAGAAACAGUCAUUUCCUCAUCAUCCUGUGGUUCUCUUUCCUGACAUUAAUAGGACAACAACAACAAACACGGUCAUGUGACCAAGAAACUCACUACACAGGAAACAUGCAUGUGAUAAGACCAAAAUCUGCCAAAGGACGCACCAGACCUAAAGUUACAGAAGCCUGUACUGCAGACGAUGAGCUUCUACAAGAGGUGCGUCCGUUUUCCUCCCACCCUCCCUCUCAUCCUCCUCAUCCUCCACCCACACCAAGCCACAGGUUCGACUCAUCUCCAUCCCCGCGUCCUCUGGUUAGGCAGAAUAAUCUGGGUUCAGCAGGUGAAACUGUCCUCAACAUCCCGCUGAUGUCACUAAACAAAUACAAAGUCCUCCCUUCUAUUGAGAAGAGAUCAGAAGAAGAGGCUCCAACUAGCCAUAUGGAGGAAAAGUCCUUGAGGUCAAGGCUCCAUACAAAUAAUCUCAGGAGUGAUCAGGAGAUUGAGCGGGCAUCUAGUGGAACUGUCAGGAUGUCAACUUGGUGCCAGGAGGGUGAGACAGGUGACCUAGGGGUUCUGCUUGCUCUCAGGACUCCAUGUGGUCAGAGGCUCAAGUGCCAGUUCCAACCCACAGACACACUCCAGGAUGUCGUCGCUACAGCAGAGAGAAUAUCCGGAAAAACGUACAAACACGUCCUGAUCGAGACCAUGGAGGUUCCCCGGAGGAGCUUCACCAAUCUGAACAUGACUCUCUCUCAGUGUAGCAUCGUUACUAAAUCAGUCUUAUGCAUAAGCCUAAAAGAUGAUCCUUAACAUUUUCAAAACGGUUCCUAUUAAUAAUUUGCCUUUAAUAAUAAUUAAUGGACAAUAUUGUUUUCAUGCACUGUACUGAAUAGAUAUUUUCUUACGUUCUCUUUACAGCGUCAUAUUGCAUAAAGACACUGAUCGAAUGUUUUUAUUUUUUAAAACAGUAUAGUAGAUCGUAGUUAUUUAUUAAAACAGUUCUGCAUUUUUA